AUGGCUCUCAAUCCCAAAACUCGACCAAUUGAAUUCGGUGGACCCGCUGGUGUGUUGGGUCUGGCAUUAGGUUUACCCAUUUUCACUGUCUUUCUGAACCAAAUGGUUAGGCCGGACUACUACAUUCGGGGGUUCUUCUGCAAUUUUGAUUUUGCACAGUUGUGGAACGGUAUUAAACCUUGGCAUUAUUAUUUGACACGCUAUGAUCUUUGGACUUAUUACACAGUUUGGUUUGUUUCGCUGGCAGUAAUGAGUGUGAUUUUACCAGGAAAACACAUGCAAGGAUUACCAUUAAGGGAUGGUACUAAGUUGCCCUACAAGAUUAAUGGAAUUGCCAUAAGUAGUGCAUUGGCUUUGGUUCUCUCUGCCCGUUGGACUCUUACAGGGGGUCAAAUGCCUGAAUUGCAAUUUCUUUAUGACAAUCAUACAGAUAUAUGCAUUAUCACAAUCCUAUUUUCGUUGGUUCUUUCCAUCUUGUGCUAUUUAGCAAGUUUUGUACCUCUGUUACGUGGGAAUAAUGGUGUGGGUACUAGGGAGAGAAUAUUGGCUGCCCCAGGUCAUACAGGAAAUUGUAUUUAUGAUUGGUUUUUGGGCAGAGAAUUAAACCCCAGAUUGGGACCCUUAGAUGUGAAAUUAUUCUGUGAACUACGUCCAGGAAUGCUUCUCUGGCUCUUAAUUAAUCUAUCGUGCUUACAUCAUGUUUAUUUGCAAACUGGUCAAUUCAACAACUCAUUGAUACUGGUGAACUUUUUGCAAGGUUUAUAUAUCCUAGAUGGGGUUCUUAAUGAGGAAGGGGUGUUAAGCAUGAUGGAUAUCGCCACAGAUGGGUUUGGAUUCAUGUUAGCAUUUGGCGAUUUGACACUAGUACCUUUCACCUAUUCGUUACAAUGUCGUUACUUAAGCGUUUCUCCCCUGGUGUUUUCCCCAUAUCACAUUGCUGCCAUCAUUGCUGUCAUGACUCUUGGUUUCUACAUCUUCAAGGCAUCUAACCAUGAGAAGGCUAUGUUCCGUGCAGGUAAACUACCUCAUUUAAAAUCGAUUAAAACUGCUACUGGAACUUCUCUACUGUGUGAUAGUUGGUGGUCACUUUCACAACAUACUAACUAUUUUGGUGAUUGGCUAGUCUCUCUGUCCUGGUGCCUUGCAACGGGCUUCCAAACUCCUUUGACCUAUUACUACUCUGCUUAUUUUGCCACACUCCUAUUGCACCGUCAACAACGUGAUAGUCACAAGUGCCGUUCGAAAUACGGUGCCAGUUGGCAAGAGUACGAAUCUAAGGUUCCUUACAAGAUUGUACCCUACGUAUACUAA